GACGAGUCUUUGAACAAAGUAGGAGAGUCAUUGUGGUGAAGUCUGGAAGGGAGAAGCGUUUGCUGCUAACAUAAAGAAGAAAGUUGAAAACUGCAAGAUUUUGUGUAAUAUUCGCAUUAAUAGCAUUUCGAUAUUUCGUUUCGGAUACCGAGUAAUUCUUCGCAUCUGAAAAACCAUGGCCGAAGGAAAGAAUGAGGACUUGGCGACCGCUAUUCUGAAGCGUAAGGACCGCCCCAACCGCCUGAUAGUAGAUGAAGCCGUGAAUGAUGAUAACUCGGUUAUCUCCCUAUCGCAGGCAAAGAUGGAUGAACUGCAGUUGUUCCGUGGUGACACGGUCUUGCUGAAGGGGAAGCGUCGCAAAGAGACGGUCUGUAUCGUUCUUUCGGACGACAACUGCCCGGAUGAAAAGAUUCGCAUGAACCGGGUGGUGCGCAACAACUUGCGCGUCCGUUUGGGUGAUGUGGUCUCUAUACAAUCCUGUCCGGAUGUCAAGUAUGGCAAGCGAGUACACAUUUUACCGUUGGACGAUACCGUCGAAGGACUAACGGGCAAUCUCUUCGAUGUUUAUCUUAAACCGUACUUCCUGGAGGCCUAUCGCCCUAUCCAUCAAGACGACACAUUUAUUGUUCGUGGUGGUAUGCGAGCCGUUGAAUUUAAGGUGGUUGGUGCCGAUCCCGCACCUUUCUGUAUCGUAGCUCCGGAUACAGUCAUUCAUUGCGAGGGUGAUCCGAUCAAACGAGAAGAAGAGGAGGAAGCACUGAACGCCGUCGGUUACGAUGAUAUCGGAGGAUGCCGCAAACAGCUGGCUCAGAUUAAGGAGAUGGUUGAACUUCCUUUGAGACAUCCGUCACUCUUCAAGGCUAUCGGUGUCAAACCACCAAGAGGAAUUCUGAUGUAUGGACCGCCCGGUACUGGUAAAACUCUGAUUGCACGGGCCGUCGCCAAUGAGACUGGAGCAUUUUUCUUUUUGAUCAAUGGUCCCGAGAUCAUGUCCAAGUUGGCUGGAGAAUCGGAAUCGAAUCUUCGAAAGGCAUUUGAGGAAGCCGAGAAAAAUUCACCGGCGAUUAUUUUCAUCGACGAAUUGGACGCUAUUGCCCCGAAACGUGAAAAAACUCAUGGUGAGGUUGAGCGCCGAAUCGUUUCGCAAUUGCUGACCUUGAUGGACGGUAUGAAGAAGAGCUCGCAUGUAAUUGUAAUGGCCGCUACAAACAGACCGAACUCGAUCGAUCCGGCUCUUCGUCGGUUCGGACGCUUUGAUCGUGAAAUUGAUAUUGGUAUUCCGGAUGCUACAGGUCGGUUAGAAGUUCUACGAAUUCACACCAAAAACAUGAAAUUGGCUGACGACGUCGAUUUGGAGCAAAUUGCCGCCGAAUCGCAUGGUCACGUUGGAGCUGAUUUGGCUUCACUAUGCUCGGAAGCCGCAUUACAACAAAUUCGUGAGAAAAUGGAUCUCAUUGAUUUGGAAGAUGACCAGAUUGAUGCUGAAGUAUUGAACUCUCUGGCAGUUUCCAUGGAGAACUUCCGUUACGCUAUGACCAAAUCAAGCCCAUCCGCUUUGCGCGAAACGGUGGUCGAAGUGCCGAAUACGACUUGGUCAGAUAUCGGAGGUCUGGAGAAUGUUAAACGGGAAUUGCAAGAAUUGGUGCAGUAUCCGGUGGAGCAUCCGGAUAAGUUCUUGAAGUUCGGUAUGCAACCAUCGCGUGGUGUACUCUUCUACGGACCACCUGGUUGCGGUAAGACCUUGCUGGCAAAGGCAAUUGCUAAUGAGUGCCAAGCAAAUUUCAUCUCAGUUAAGGGACCGGAGCUUUUGACGAUGUGGUUCGGCGAGUCCGAAGCCAAUGUUCGUGACAUUUUUGAUAAGGCUCGCUCGGCUUCACCUUGCGUUUUGUUCUUUGACGAGUUGGACAGUAUCGCCAAGUCCCGUGGAGGCAAUGUGGGAGAUGCCGGCGGUGCUGCCGAUCGCGUAAUUAACCAAAUUCUAACAGAAAUGGAUGGUAUGGGGGCGAAAAAGAAUGUAUUCAUCAUCGGUGCCACCAACCGACCGGACAUCAUCGAUCCGGCCAUUCUGCGCCCUGGCCGUCUCGAUCAGUUGAUCUACAUUCCGCUGCCGGAUGACAAGUCCCGCGAGGCCAUUUUGAAAGCUAAUUUGCGUAAAAGCCCGGUGGCGGCUGACGUCGAUUUGACUUAUGUAGCGAAAGUAACUCAGGGAUUCUCAGGUGCCGAUUUGACUGAAAUAUGUCAACGUGCUUGUAAACUAGCAAUUCGGCAAGCGAUUGAAGCAGAGAUCCGCCGGGAGCGAGAGCGAACAGAAAAUCAGAGCUCAGCAAUGGAUAUGGAUGAGGACGAUCCAGUUCCUGAAAUCACCCGUGCACAUUUCGAAGAAGCAAUGAAAUUUGCCCGCCGAUCUGUGUCCGACAACGACAUCAGGAAGUACGAAAUGUUUGCCCAAACACUGCAGCAAUCGCGUGGUUUUGGAAACAAUUUUAGAUUCCCCGGAGGCCAGGGCGGAUCGAGCUCACAGGGACAAGGAUCGAACCAACCGACGAGCAAUCCAGGUGACAAUGGGGACGAUGAUCUCUACAGUUAGAUUGCUUUCAGUAACUUUUUGCUGCAAAAGUAAUAUUAUUCAAUUCGUAAUAUCAAAUGAGCGAGAAUGUCCAUCCGUUAAGAUUCCAAUCUUCAUUCUAGAACAACCAAACGGAUAUCAGUCUAUUUUAAGUUCAUUUACCUUCUAAAUCUCUAACCGCCACUUUGAAAAAAUGUUCUUUGUCAAUAUAUCAGUUUAAAAUAAUUACUUUCCGCAAGAAACUAGCAAAUCAGAUUUUGGUUGAAGAAGUUAAUUUACCCGACAUGGCAAAAUCGACAGCUUUUGUCGAAAAUUUAUCAUCGUCCUUUUACAGCGAUUUUUUUUUCUAAUUAGAAUUCUCCGUGGUCUUGCUCUGUUGAAAUAAAUUGGUUGAUAUCUGUAAUGAAGGUAACGUAUGAUACUGCAUUUGCGUGUAAUGAGAUACCGAGGAAGCUUGUACUAGAGUGAUUAUUGCUGAAUUGGUUCCACGGUAUGACGUUUACUAAACAAAACUUAUAAUUAUUUGACUUUUUACUCUUGAUAACAUGUAGGAAUUAUGAACCUUAGAAUGGUAAAAAUGACUUUGGUAAUGUGAUUAAAAAGCGAGUAA